AUACCAUCACAGCCUCAGCCUCCUCAGUACCCUCAGAUCCCAUCAAAGCCUCAGCCACCCCAGUAUCCCCAGCCUCCUCCGAGUCCUCAAACACCUUCAAAACCUCAAUACCCUGAAAUCCCUCAGAACCCUCAGAUACCAUCACAGCCUCAGCCUCCUCAGUACCCUCAGAUCCCAUCAAAGCCUCAGCCUCAGUACCCUGAAGUUCCUCAGAACCCACAGAUACCGUCAAAGCCUCAGUUCCCUCAACCUCCUCAGUACCCACAAACUUCAAAGUAUCCAAUCAUUCCUCCCCAGACACCACAGAUGCCUGGAAUGCAUCCUUCUUCAAUAAAUUGUGAUAUAGAAACAAAUGUCAGAGUUCCAUGUGGGCUUCCUGAUAUCUCUGCUGCAGAAUGUCAGGCUAGAGACUGUUGCUUUGAUGGCCAAUCAUGCUACUUUGGAAAAGGAGUGACAGUGCAGUGUACCAAGGAUGGCCAAUUUAUUGUUGUUGUGGCCAGAGACGUCACUCUACCCCACAUCGACCUGGAAUCCAUCUCACUAUUGGGAGAAGGUCAAAACUGUAAAAGUGUUGACUCAAACUCUGCUUUUGCUAUCUACUUCUUUCCUGUUUCCGCCUGCGGCACUAUUGUCAUGGAGGAACCUGACUCUAUAAUCUAUCAAAAUAUGAUGACGUCUUCAUAUGAAGUGGGCAAUGGACCUGCUGGUAGCAUUACCAGGGACAGCAGCUAUGUGUUGGUCUUCCAGUGCAAGUACGUUACCUCAGAUACCUCAGUUCUAAGUGUGGUUGCUGAAGUGGAGCCAAUAAUUGUUCCUUCUCAAGUUUCUGCUCUCGGACCCGUCAAUGUCAUAAUGAGGCUGGCUAAUGGUCUGUGCAUGACCAAAGGUUGUAAUGAAGAUGUAGCAGCCUACACCUCCUACUAUCAGGACUCAGACUAUCCUGUGACCAAAGUACUGAGGGAUCCUGUUUAUGUGGAAGUUGUGCUCCUUGAUAAGACAGAUCCUCAUCUUGUUCUGACUCUUGGACACUGUUGGGCAACCUCAAGCCCUGAAGCUCACACCCUCCCACAGUGGGACAUUCUGAUUGAUGGAUGUCCAUAUGCAGAUGAUCGUUACCUCUCCACACUGAUCCCAGUGGAUUCCUCCUCCGGUGUGCAAUUUCCAACUCACUACCGGCGAUUCGUUUUCAAAAUGUUUACCUUUAUAGAUUACAACAUGGAACACUUCAGGAAAACGGUGUAUAUUCACUGCAGCACAGCAGUGUGCGUGCCACGACAGGGAUUCAGCUGUGAGCCCUCAUGCUACAGAAAAGGAAAGAGAGACACGGAGGCAGCAGCACAGAAGAAGUUUGAACCCAAGGUCGUGGUUUCUUCUGGAGAAAUUAUUCUAACAGCUUCCAAGCAGUGAACUGAGACAAACUCAAUAAUUCAGCUGAAAAUGUAGGAAAAAUAUUUUAAACAAUAUGCUGAACUACAGUAUAAAUGUUUGAGUCAGUAUUUUAGUGUGUGCAGCAUAAAGAACAAAUCUAACUUGUGUAAUGAGGUUUACAUUAAACUUUAAGCUUUGAUGUGUUGUUUAUACUUUAGUAAUGUGCUUGUUUCCUUUAAAGGUUUUUGAAUAAAUGGUUUAAUGCCUGUAGAAAUUAUUGACCUACUUCUUUUAAUGUAUAUUUAGCAAAUAUUCUAGUUAGAUUUGCUGGUUUAUAACUAAUUUCAAAUUUAAUCAUUAUAAAUAUAGCAUUGUGAAGAUUAAUAGCAUUUUGUAAUAGCAGAAACUAAAAAGAAUUUCCAAAACUAAAAAAAAAUAAUAAAAAUGCCAACAGGGUUCCAAAAUGAAAUUCAUUUUUUUUAUUUGAACAAGUUUAAACUUUAUAUUCAAAGGACUAAGAAGAAAGGAGUACACUUAGGAAACAUGUUCAUUACAAUAAGUCUUAUUUGUAUAAUAUUUAUUGCAAUAAAAAUAUUCAAAAGCAGGAAGUGCUUUUCAGAAAACUGAGAACAUAAACAUAUGCUAGAGGUACUAAGUCAGAGAAACACUAAUUGAAAUGAAAGAAACAAAAUAUAUUUAAUCAAAAACUCUGAAAUAUCAACCAGUAUGUAACUAAGAUUUUUCAGUUUUAUGUGAACAGUUGAAAAAAAAAAAAAA